ACUGGUUGCAGAAUUCCUGCUCUGUUUAGACAACAACCUGAUUGGUAGAUGUGAACUGCAUGCCCCACAUUAUUUGCAUAAAUGGUGAAGUGGGACUUUGCAUGCACUGAUCUCUUCAUCAAGACAAAAAUUGUGGGAAUGUUUCCUAUUCGCCCCAGAGCAGAUUUGCGUAUAGAGGGUGGAAUACAUGGCUCCGACACAGGUCAGGUUUAGCUGUUAAACUGGACUGUAAAUGGUACCUGUGCUGUGUGUUUUCAUUGCUUGAGGUCAGGAGAAUUUAGUCGAUUACUUUUGUAUUAUUCAUUCACAGACACAUUGCAGGUAAGUUAGUUGCUUGACUGGAGGACAAAGUUCAAUUCCUAUGAACAUACGUAAUGUUUGGUCUGACUGGUUUUAGUUAUGUAUUAUAGUGACUCUGUAUAGCCAAAGGACAGCUUAGAGAUCUGUAGUGAUAGGGGCUUUACAUGGAUCUGGGACGAUAGCUAUAUAUCACCGCUUUCUGUUUCACUCGUAAAAUAGUUUGUUUCACUUGUGUACACAGUGUUCCUAAAAAGUGUUGCUAGGAAUGACAUGUCCUUCUGCUAUCCACAGAGCUCAGAUUUCAUUGCUGUUAUACCACAUUUGUUUCUGUUUCCUUUUACAAGAAAUCUAUCCCUCGAGAGAAGAAUGGACUCUUUCACAGGUUCCCAUUGUCACAGAAGCAUUCCGGUGGAGACAGAUGAGUCAAUGACAUCAUCAAUGCUGAACCUAGCAUUGCCCUUGGACUGUGGGCAGUGCUCAGAACAUAGAAAGAGGCCAAAGGAAGAGGCUUGGUUCGCCCCUGAGGUGACCGUCAAUGACGUAGGCCAGGUGGAAUACCCCAAGGACUCCUGGAGAACCCCUAUGGAGGACCCUCUGGGUAACCUUCAACCCCAGCCCAGAGCCGCCUCCCUGCAUCAAAAAGACAUGUCCCCCCACAUCCCUGAUCGCCGGAUGAAAGUCCCUGACACUGUCGACCUCAGGUUACACCCCUACAGAGAGAGGGCUCAGUGGACUGAGGAAGAGGAAUUCUCUUUCUCUGGAAUUCUCCACCGGGGAGCGGAGGGCUUCCCUGGUCCCCCCAACUGGCAUCAACCUCAGGACUGUUCCCUUGAAGGAGCAGAACACUUGGAGGCCCCUCUUCCUCUCAGGUCUGACUUAAACAACAUCCACUGUGUCCCUCCGAGUCACCCAGCACACAUGCCUCCUCAGUGCCCUGAUCCUGUGCACGGCAGGUGUCAGAGACUGUACACAUGUCAGAAGCCCGUAAAUCAAACCCGUCCCCUCUAUAAUCAUCAUCAUUAUAACCAUCUUCACCCUACGGCACCUCAGCAGGAGCUUCAGCAGUACCCACCAUCCUGGACUCCCAAGGCUCAAAAAAUAUUAUAUGGACAAGAAGCUCUAAAAGCCCCUAGUUGUAAUCUUCCUCAGUGUGUGGCCCCUCCCAGAGAGGUGAUGAGUGAGGUCAGUGUGGUGCCCCCUUACCAAGCGACCCCUGGCCAACCAGAUGGGGGAGGAACAGUUACACAGGAACUGAGGAAGACCAUCAGUUUACCUGAGGAGUGCAGGAAUGUUUUCAUUACGUAUUCUGUGGACACAGCCAGUGAGAUGUUUACCUUUGUGAAGUUUCUGACAGAUCAGGGCUUUAAACCAGCUAUUGACAUAUUUGAUAGUGCAGUUAGAAGAAUGGACAUCAUCCAGUGGAUGGACAACUAUUUAAAGGAUAAGUCAGUGCUGAUCAUCGUGGUCAUCAGUCCUAAGUACAAGGCAGACGUGGAGGGAGACGGGGAGGAUGAGCAUGGUCUCCACACCAAGUACAUUCACACUCAGAUCCAGAACGAGUUCAUCCAACAGCGCUGCCUUAAUUUCAGACUGGUACCCAUAUUAUUUCCCACUGCUACCAAGAGACAUGUCCCCGCUUGGCUCCAGAGUACCAGAAUCUACCGCUGGCCCCAGGAUACCCAAGACCUGCUUCUCCGUCUGCUAAGAGAGGAACGCUACAUCGCCCCCACUCUGGGGAAAGAGUUGACCCUCUCUGUACGGCCCCUCUGAGAACUGCUAAACUGCUAUAGACACAUUGUUUCUCUGGUACGUAAUUGACUUCAAUGUUUAAAUGGCAAAUGAUUAUAGCCUUUUUUUGUACUCAACUGAAAUGGCAUGUGGGCAGAGCGGUGUAGCUUAGCACAAGUCUCAAAUAACCACAAGGUGGCAGUAUUUCCUUUUUCAUGUUUCAAGUCCUAAAAAUGUGCUUGCUUGACAUGUUAGGAGGUAAUAGUUACGCCUUACAUUGUGUGGUGACUGUGUUCCUAAUAUUAUGUGAUCUGAAUAUGUAUUUUAAUGGAAAGUCAUAAAGUAAUCAUGGCCUGUUGACUGAGGUUGUUGAAUUUACAUGCCACACUUUUUUAUAUUGUAGCCUAUACUACAUAGUUAUUACUACUGUAUUACCCAGAAUAUCAGUAAACCAUGAGCAAUGUAAAGGUCUCACACUUCUUUGGGUAAUAGCAGAUAAAUAGAACAGAGUGUAAAGGUGCUUUUAGGGGCCCCCUAUUCAUCUAUGAUUUAAGAUCCACAGAGGGGCCACAGGAAGAAUCUGUCACUGAAACAUCAAUCUUCUGCAACAGAGGGAGGGGCUGUGGUUCACACCUAUUCUGCUCUUUACACUUGUAUUUUAUCUGUGGUGGUUUCAUCAUCCUUUGAUUAGCCAAACCAAACUAUUUUCUGUCAAUAAUGGCAAUCAUACUCCACUGUAAAUAACAAUAAAGUAUUAAAAUGGUU